AUAUGUGUUCUUUCCAAUGUGAGCAUUCUAGGAAGUUGCGUGUCCAGCCGCGUGCUUUCCUGUCGACGAAGCCACGUUGAUUCGCGCGCGUGUCGGCACUCUCGCGCGCACCAGCGUGUGUUUGUGAUGAGGAGGCGGGAAAUGGCGUCCUCGGACAUGGCGGAUCUGUGACUGCCUGUCGACAGCGACGGACGCCGCAGCUUGCCGCUACAUGCACGGCCCGACCUCUGUCGGAGCGGGUGGUCGUCACGGGUCGGCCAGCUAGCUGAAAAGACCACCGGACGUUUGGAAGCCCUUCCUCCAUUUUAUAUUCUUCUAUGUGAUGCCAGAGCACGAUGCGGCUGAGAGCCCGUAAAGCUCCUCAGCAGCCAACCUUAGGCCGCCAAGUCCACGUCACGUCUCAGGCCAAAAGGAAGCACUGUGCGGUGGAAGUGUCACCACUGAGAGGAGGACCACGAGGCAAAAUGCAGAAGAAUGAAAUGGGUCUCGUCUCCACCAUCAAGAAAUUCAUUCGAGGGAGUUCUGUCAAGGUGGAGCCAGAUAUUCCCGCCAAGAGGAGCCGUGUUGAUUGCAGCUCUGAAAGCGACCUCAUCUCUUCAACACCACAAACACGAGGCCUUGCCAGCAAGUCAGUCUCUCGGGUUUGCAGAAAGAGUCCAGUCAAAGGUACAUUUUCCUUGAACUUUGAAACCUCGUGGAGCAAUACUUCCAUAUCUUCCAUUUUGUCUGUCUCUUUAGAUACGAUGACUUGCAACGCCAAACCCUUAAAGCCAAACGGCAAGCUAGAAGCCCCCGUUGAGGCAGCGAGCAGUCCGCCCCGCACCACCCUGCUGGGAACCAUCUUUUCUCCAGUCUUCAACUUCUUCUCACCAGCAACCAAAACUGCCACCCCUGGUUCGGACUCUCCCGGCCAAGCGAUGGAGGCGGAGGAGAUCAUGAAGCAACUGGACAUGGAGCAAGCAGAGGAGAUGCCAAGCAGCACGCUCACCUACUCCGAGGGCAUCGCCGUUUGUCACGGCGCCCCCGUGUUCCCACAGAGGCCGCCGAUGACGUCAGACUCCAUCGUGGAAGAUGCAGAGAUUGUCACUGAAACAGACAUGCCCUCAUUAACAGAUCCUGGUUGUUUGCCAGAUGGCAGCUAUCCAAACUCUUUACCCUCGGCCCCCGCAGAGCCAUCAUACGAGGAAGACUGGGAGGUGUUUGACCCGUACUUCUUCAUUAAGCACGUGCCGCCUCUGACAGAGGAGCAGCUGACACGCAAACCGGCGUUACCUUUGAAAACCCGCAGCACGCCGGAGUUUUCCCUAGUCCUCGAUUUGGAUGAAACUCUGGUCCACUGCAGUUUGAAUGAGCUGGAAGACGCCGCACUGACCUUUCCUGUGCUCUUCCAGGACGUAAUAUACCAGGUCUACGUGCGCUUGAGGCCCUUUUUCCGAGAGUUUCUUGAGCGCAUGUCUCAAAUGUACGAGAUCAUCCUCUUCACGGCAUCCAAGAAGGUGUAUGCCGACAAGUUGCUCAACAUCUUGGAUCCAAAAAAGCAGCUGGUCAGACAUCGUCUCUUUCGUGAGCACUGUGUCUGCAUUCAAGGAAAUUACAUCAAAGACCUCAACAUUUUGGGACGAGAUCUUUCCAAGACGAUAAUCAUCGACAACUCGCCACAAGCCUUCGCCUAUCAGCUGUCCAAUGGGAUCCCUAUUGAGAGUUGGUUUGUGGAUCGGAAUGACAGCGAGCUUCUCAAGCUGGUUCCUUUCCUGGAGAAGCUGGUGGAGCUGAAUGAAGACGUCAGACCACACAUCAGAGAGCGCUUUCGUUUGCACGACCUCUUGCCGUCCGACUGAGCGCGCAGAGCUCGCCGAUGGAUCAACGUUGGAAAACGCAAGACCCCUGGGUCUCCCACAAGGGUGUAUUCCGUGGAUCGAUACACAAAUUUCACAUUGACGUUCUUCAUUUUUUAAUAUAAAAAAAAAUGCAAAAUGAGAUGUUUCGUGCAGAAGCACUCAGACGUGAUUGAACACGGCCUCUGUGAAGGUGUUUUGUCCACCACUUUGGGUGGACAAAACUGAAUGUUGGGUUCUAUGGAACGUUUCCACAACGGCCAGUCAAACCUGGAUUAUUAUUAUUAUUAUUAGUGACUAUUCUUGUAAAUAUACUGUAUGUACAGGUUGGUUUUUUCCUUUUUAAGCUUUUUAAGUCAUGUUAUUUUGGGGGAUUUUAGUAUGAAUUGUUAGUUUUUUUUUAAAGAAAGGAAUAUGUUAGUGUGUUUUGUUUGCAGUAUGCCUGCUUUACUCCUGUGAUGCUUUACUCCAUUACAUGCAGUUGUCUGUAAUAAGGUGCCGUUAACAAAGGUUUUUUUCUAAAACAAUAUUUUAAGGUUCUGUCAUGUCAGCUAGAAUAGACUAAAUGAAUACAAAGCCAAGCGUGCUGGUCCAUGAUGGUAAGAUGAAGAAGGGGCGGCUUCAGGCACCUGAAGGCAUCUUGCACAUUGACAUCCUGCCCUUUUUGGAAGACGAUGUCAAACCCUGUCACUUUUCUACGUUGUCAUCUCAAGUUUGAGGACGUAGGAGGGAAAAAAAAGCCCUUGUAGCACCAGCCAGUGUUUUGGAUUCCUGGUUUCUGACACGUCACGUUUGUGAGAUCUUUUCUGAUGUUUCAAGUUUUCUGGACUAUUGAAUGAUCAAUCCUGUUGUAUUCCGUGUUCUUCAAUGGUUUCCUUGAAAAUAAAUCAUUUUUAUAUGAA